UUCGUCUGAGGGGAGGGCCGUUGGCAGGGGCCUGCGGUACGCCGCUUCAGUGAGGGGGCUCGACAGUGGUCACCCGGCUUGUUGCUUUUCUGGUCGCCACUCCCCCGGCCGGCCGGACAAGACCCGCCAGUAGCGCGGCACCGAUUCCUCUCGGGCUUGUGGGCGCUGCUCUGAGCGGCGUCAUCCUUUAUACCAGAAAGCUGGCGGGCACUAUGGGGAAAAAACAAAACAAGAAGAAAGUGGAGGAGGUGCUAGAAGAAGAGGAAGAAGAAUAUGUGGUGGAAAAAGUUCUAGACCGGCGAGUGGUAAAGGGCAAAGUGGAGUAUCUCCUAAAGUGGAAAGGCUUCUCAGAUGAGGAUAACACAUGGGAACCAGAAGAGAACCUGGAUUGCCCUGAUCUCAUUGCUGAGUUUCUGCAGUCACAGAAAACAGCACACGAGACAGAUAAAUCAGAGGGAGGCAAGCGCAAAGCUGAUUCUGAUUCGGAAGAUAAGGGGGAGGAGAGCAAACCAAAGAAGAAGAAAGAAGAGUCAGAAAAGCCACGAGGCUUUGCCCGGGGUUUGGAACCAGAGCGGAUUAUUGGAGCUACGGACUCCAGUGGAGAACUCAUGUUCCUAAUGAAAUGGAAGAACUCUGAUGAGGCUGAUCUGGUCCCUGCCAAGGAAGCCAAUGUCAAGUGCCCGCAGGUUGUCAUAUCCUUCUAUGAGGAAAGGCUGACGUGGCAUUCUUACCCCUCAGAGGAUGAUGACAAAAAAGAUGAUAAGAAUUAACUUUCUUGAAUACCAGCCCCUGUCACAUCUGACUGUGGGUUUCAAGUGGGGAAAGAAGGAGUUCUCCUUGUCUUGACACCGUGAAGGUGGCUUGAGAAGAUGUCCUUUGAAGAGCCAGUAUAGUUUCUGUGCCCUACAGCAGCCCAGGGCUUCAAAGCCGCUCCAUGCUGUGCAGUUUGCACACCCAUCCCGGUGGAGGGGAAGGAGGGUCAGUGUUUCAAGGCAACCCGUUCUGAACUUUGCUGAAAAAAAAAGCAAAGGGCCUUCUAUGAAGGACAAAACGUAGAAUGGGAUGUGGGAGAGCAAGAGAUACUGUAGAUCUUCAAAGAGCAUCUCCACAACCACACAGCCUUCUUCCCGAUAGUGUUAACUCUGCAUUUUUACAGCGUAGCAUGUGUGUAGUUUUUGGCUAU